GGCCGGCCGCGGAGGGGGGAGGAGCGGGAGCUGAGCGAGGCGGGCGGAGGAUGGGGCCGUGCCCGGGCUCCCGCUGCAGCCGCCCGGGGACACGCCGUGCACCCUCCGGCUCGGGGCUCUCGCGGCGGCGGCGGCGGCAGCAGCAGCGUUAGCGGCGGCGGCGACAGCGGCGUUCCCGGCAGCGCUUCUCCCUCGGGCUGGGCGACGAGAGGCGGCAGCGGCGGCGUGAGGCGGCGGCGGCGGCGGCACACCGGUGUCUCUCCCGCUGGAGAUUUCUUUCUGCUUUCCUCAUCGACUGACUGGCUCACCCCCUCCCUUUUCCGAGGAAGGGUGACCUCUUCUCCGGGACUGGAAAACAUAUUUUUGUGAGCAGGGGGGCGGGUGGCAGCGUCGGGCUUCGCUUCUUCUCUUCUUUCAUCUCCCUCUCCUCCCCCCUCGAAGACCGAAAAGCAAACCCCACAACUGCUCCAGCAUCCUCCCUGCCUUCCCUCCGCCUCCCCUCGCCUCCACCUCUCGGCAGUUUCGCCCUCUCCGCUGCUAAUGAUCGCAUUAUUAUGCUUCCCUCUCUCUGGGGGGGUCUCGCCCCUCUCCGCUCUCGCGCCCGAGCCCCGGCCUCCCUUGCAUGCAUUUCUUGAGAAUUUUGGAGCCUGGGAGUGAGUUUGCUCCGAGGCGUGCGUGAGAGGCGGCGGGGGUGUUUUCCUGCGCGAGGGGCGGGUGAAGUUCAUUGCCCCCCACUUUGCCGCGCGACCUUUUUUUUUUUUCCCCCGGACCUGGUUUGGGGGUCGCCAGAGGGGAGGGGGCGCAGGCGCUUUCGGAGGGGGGGCGGGGGGCGCGGCGGAGAAUGGCCGCGGGGAGGGCUCCCCGGAGGCUCCCAGUCUCUUGAUCAAAGCAUUCCGCUAUUCUGAUUUAUUGCCUGCUUGGUGAGUUAUUUUUUUUUUCCCUCUAAAGGAGACCUGUGUGUUCAGCCAUUACUUUGCUCGCUCCCAGGCAUCUCCGACCCUCGGUGCUGUGGGGAGCCCCACACUUGGGCUCCUCGCCUCUCGCCCUCGCUCCCCGUCCCUCCUCCCCUCUCUCCGCCCCUUCCCCCUUUUCUUUCUCCGCUCUUUCUUCCCCUCUCUCCCUUCUUUCGGCCGCCGUCUCCCCCGCGCCCUCCUCGGGGCGGAGGGAAGCCGUGAAGGGGGAGGGAGGGCUUGGUGUCAAUUUUGUGUGUGUGUGUGUGCGUGUGUGUGUGUGUGUGGCCGCGCGGCCGGAGCCUGUGGCGGGCGGGCGGGCGGCGAGCGAGGAGACCCCGGCGCGGCAGAGCCAUGGAUGGCCCGACGCGGGGCCAUGGACUCCGCAAAAAGCGGCGGUCGCGGUCGCAGCGAGACCGGGAGAGGCGCUCCCGGGGCGGGCUGGGGGCCGGCGCGGCCGGCGGCGGCGGGGCCGGCCGGACCCGGGCGCCCUCGCUCGCCUCGUCGUCGGGCUCCGACAAGGAAGACAAUGGAAAGCCCCCGUCCUCCGCCCCGUCCCGGCCCAGACCCCCGCGGAGGAAGCGGAGAGAGUCCACGUCGGCCGAAGAGGACAUCAUUGAUGGAUUUGCCAUGACCAGCUUUGUCACUUUUGAAGCGCUGGAGAAAGAUGUAGCACUUAAGCCUCAGGAACGUGUGGAGAAACGCCAGACUCCCCUGACCAAGAAGAAACGAGAAGCACUUACCAAUGGCUUGUCCUUUCAUUCAAAGAAGAGCAGACUCAGCCACCCGCACCACUACAGCUCAGAUCGAGAAAAUGACCGCAACCUCUGCCAGCACCUCGGGAAGAGAAAGAAAAUGCCGAAGGGCCUCAGACAGCUCAAGCCAGGGCAGAACAGCUGCAGGGACAGUGACAGCGAAAGCGCCAGUGGAGAAUCCAAGGGCUUCCACCGGAGCAGCUCUCGGGAAAGGCUCAGCGAUAGUUCAGCUCCUUCCAGCUUGGGAACAGGCUACUUUUGUGACAGCGACAGUGACCAGGAAGAGAAGGCUUCAGAUGCUAGCUCUGAAAAACUCUUCAACACAGUUAUCGUAAACAAAGAUCCGGACUUAGGCGUUGGCACACUCCCGGACCGUGACAGCCAAGAUGCAGGGCCCAUUGUCCCCAAGAUAUCGGGUCUAGAGAGAAGCCAGGAGAAGAGCCAGGACUGCUGCAAAGAGCCCAUCUUUGAGCCCGUGGUGCUUAAAGACCCCUGCCCUCAGGUCCCGCCGCCGCUACCCCAGCCCCAGGUGGAGCCUCAACUCCAAGCUCCUUCUCCGGACCCCGACUUGGUGCAGCGCACGGAGGCCCCGCCGCAGCCCCCGCCUCCGAGCUCACAGCCACCCCCGGGCCCCCCGGAGGCCCAGCUGCUGCCCGCCCCACAGCCUCAGGUGCAGAGGCCGCCCAGGCCGCAGUCCCCCGCCCAGCUGCUCCACCAGAACCUCCCGCCUGUGCAGGCCCACCCUUCGUCCCAGAGCGUCCCCCAGCCGCUGUCCGCCUACAACAGCAGUAGCCUCAGCCUCAACAGUUUAAGCAGCAGCAGAAGCAGCACGCCGGCAAAGACUCAACCCGCCCCUCCUCACAUCUCCCACCACCCCUCCGCCUCCCCCUUCCCCCUCUCCCUGCCCAACCACAGCCCCCUGCACAGCUUCACGCCCACCCUCCAGCCCCCCGCCCACUCACAUCACCCCAAUAUGUUUGCCCCUCCCACUGCUCUGCCUCCUCCGCCACCACUGACAUCAGGGAGUCUGCCGGUCCCCGGACACCCGGCCGGGAGCACUUACUCAGAGCAAGACAUCUUGCGACAGGAACUGAACACGCGCUUUUUGGCCUCUCAGAGUGCUGACCGCGGGGCUUCCCUGGGCCCCCCGCCCUACCUGCGCACCGAGUUCCACCAGCACCAACACCAGCACCAACACACUCACCAGCAUACGCACCAGCACACCUUCACGCCGUUCCCCCACGCCAUCCCGCCCACCGCCAUCAUGCCGACGCCAGCACCUCCCAUGGUGCGUACCCCAGGCAGAAAUUUUGACAAAUACCCUACAAAAGUUGACCCAUUCUACCGGCACAGUCUCUUCCAUUCCUAUCCUCCUGCAGUAUCGGGCAUCCCCCCUAUGAUCCCACCCACUGGCCCUUUUGGUUCACUCCAAGGAGCAUUUCAGCCGAAGACAUCCAACCCUAUUGAUGUCGCUGCUCGGCCCGGGACGGUGCCACACACUUUACUCCAAAAGGACCCGAGGUUGACAGAUCCUUUCAGACCCAUGUUAAGGAAACCAGGGAAGUGGUGCGCCAUGCAUGUUCACAUCGCCUGGCAAAUUUAUCACCACCAACAGAAAGUCAAGAAACAGAUGCAGUCCGACCCACAUAAGCUGGACUUUGGACUGAAACCCGAGUUCCUGAGCCGCCCUCCAGGCCCCAGUCUCUUCGGAGCCAUCCACCACCCCCAUGACCUGGCUCGGCCUUCGACUUUAUUCUCUGCCGCCGGUGCUGCACAUCCAACCGGGACCCCUUUUGGGCCGCCGCCUCAUCACAGCAACUUUCUCAACCCUGCUGCGCACCUCGAGCCUUUCAAUCGGCCGUCCACAUUCACCGGCCUGGCGGCAGUUGGCGGCAAUGCCUUCGGGGGACUUGGAAACCCUUCAGUUACACCCAACUCAAUGUUCGGCCACAAGGAUGGCCCCAGUGUGCAGAGCUUUAGCAACUCUCACGAGCCCUGGAACCGGCUGCACCGAGCGCCUCCGUCGUUCCCGACCCCUCCGCCCUGGCUGAAGCCGGGGGAGCUGGAACGCAGCGCGUCCGCUGCAGCUCAUGACAGAGAUAGAGAUGUAGAUAAACGGGACUCGUCUCUUAGUAAAGAUGACAAAGAAAGGGAAAGCGUUGAGAAAAGACACUCCAGCCACCUUUCACCAGCACCUCUCCUCCCGGUGAACACCCUGGGACACAGCCGCAGCUCCGCCGAACACAUCCGGGGGCAUUUGAACACUGAGGCUCGCGAGAAAGACAAACCCAAAGAGAGGGAGAGAGACCACUCGGAACCCCGCAAGGACCUGACCGCCGAGGAACACAAGGCCAAGGAGGGCCACCUGCCCGACAAGGACGGGCACGGCCACGAGGGGCGGGCCGUGGGCGAAGAGGCCAAGCAGCUGGCCCGGGGGCCGUCGCCCUACGCGCGGGCCCCCGUGGCGGAGAGCGCCAGGCCCAACAGCACCUCGAGCCGGGAGGCCGAGGCGCGCAAGGGCGAGCCGGCCUACGAGAACCCCAAGAAGAGCGCCGAGGUCAAGGUGAAGGAGGAACGCAAGGAAGAACAUGACGUGGCGCCCGAGGCCCCACAGGCCCACCGGCCCGCAGAGCCGCCCCCGCCCAGCUCCUCGGCCAGCGUGCACCCGGGGCCCCUGGCGAGCAUGCCCAUGACGGUGGGGGUGGCGGGCAUCCAUCCCAUGAACAGCAUCAGCAGCCUGGACAGGACUCGCAUGAUGACCCCCUUCAUGGGCCUCAGCCCCAUCCCGGGGGGAGAGCGCUUCCCGUACCCCUCCUUCCACUGGGACCCCAUCCGGGACCCCCUGCGGGACCCCUACCGAGACCUGGACAUUCACCGGAGAGACCCGCUGGCCAGGGACUUCCUGCUGCGCAACGACCCGCUGCACCGGCUGUCGGCGCCGCGGCUGUACGAGGCCGACCGCUCCUUCCGGGACAGGGAGCCGCACGACUACAACCAUCACCACCACCACCACCACCACCCGGCGCUGGGCGUGGACCCGCGGCGCGAGCACGAGCGGGGCGGCCACCUGGACGAGCGCGAGCGCCUGCACAUGCUCCGCGAAGACUACGAGCACACGCGGGGGCUGCACUCGGUGCACCCCGCCUCCCUGGACGGGCACCUGCCGCACCCCGGCCUCCUCACGCCGGGGCUGCCCAGCAUGCACUACCCGCGCAUCAGCCCCACCGCGGGCCACCAGAACGGACUCCUCAACAAGACGCCGCCCACCGCGGCGCUCAGCGCGCCGCCCCCGCUCAUCUCCACGCUGGGGGGCCGCCCGGUGUCCCCGCGGAGGACUACGCCCCUGUCGGCCGAGAUCCGCGACCGGCCCCCUUCCCACACCCUCAAGGACAUCGAAGCUCGGUAAGAGGCGCCUGGAGCCCGGAGCCGGCGGCCGCCCCUCCAAGCCCCGGGCGAACUCACGCGAGACUCGGCAGCGCGCGUGCGCGAGAACUCCGCGCGUCCUAGGCGAGCGUCCUUGGCGCGGGGCGGGGCCCCCGCGCGCCGCGGCCCCGCCCACCCGGGCCGCGGCCCCGCCCACCCUUGUACAAAAAAAAAAAAACGAAAUGUACAGACUCAGUGCAGAUUUUGAAAUGGUUUUGUAUAUUAUAUGUUGAGAUUUUUUUCCAGCCCUUUUAGCCAAGUCAUCUGUUCUCACGUCUCCCGCUCCUUUAUAUUUUUCCCUUUUUUUUUUUUUUUUUUUGCUGUCGUUGUCGUUCCUUGUAUAAAGCUUUUUGAUUUGAUCCCAAAGUGGAGAUGACGACACACGCGGAUUCCAUGAUUGAUGGGGGAGGGAGACGACAGCCGUCCGUCCGUCCGUCCGUCCGUCACGCAGAGAGGCGGGCAGGCCGUGUACAUAGUCAUGUAAAAAAAAUAAUAAUAACAAAAAAAUACAAAAAAAAUACACAGAGUGCUUCAUGAGCUACUGGUUCAUAUAUGCAAAAGGGUAAGACGAAAGCUUUACUGUGUACAGAUGUAAAUAGAUAAAGAGUGAGUAACGGAAUAGGAACCCUAACACGUGCUAUCUGCAGACUCCCUGGGGCGAUAGACAGCCGCGCCCUUCAACUAUGCAAUGAAUGUCCGCGCUCCCGCGGGGCCUCCGCCCCACUCACAGCUUCCCACGGUCACCCUCCCGGACGCGGCUCCGGGGCUCCUUGCUUGUGGUUUUUUUUUUUUUUUUUUUCUUGCAACAUCCCAAUUUUUGCAACUCGGACCCCAGGCUGGCACCCCGCACCGGAAGUUGCCGCUUGGUGGGCUGUGGGGUCGGGGUCGGGGUCGGGGGGAGCUGCAGCCCCAGGAAGGUCACGGAAGACGCGAGCCGCGGUCGGGGGGUCGGGGGGUCCCAGGAGGAGCGGGCCGGGGGCGCGCGCGGCGGGAUGGCGGCCCCCACGCACCCACGCACACGCCUCACGAGGGGCACCCGCUCCCCGUCCCGUCCCCGCGCCGCCUCGGCCGCCAGGAGAGUUCACGACACCCAAACAGAUCCUGACAGAAAGCGUCCCGUUUUCUCAGAUGAUGGAUGUGUUUUCCGUGUGGCCGCCGGGGCGCCGGGGGUGGCGGUGGGGGGGCACUUCCCGGCGUGCCUCGCGGGACCCACUUCCCGGCGUGCCUCGCGGUGCCCCGGGCGCUCCCGGGAGGAGGGUCUGCUCCCAGCAGUCUCUGCGGCAGCCACGUGGGGCCGCGGCGGGCGGAAGGCGGCAGAGGAGAAGUCGUGUGUGUGCGUGUGUUUUUGAGUUUGCAUCAAUCUUAACGUCUCUUCAUAAUACUUUUAUAAUACAUUAAGCCUCUUGUCUACAUAUUUGGAGAGAAUAUGACUUUACUAGCAGAGAAAUACAAUAUAUCUUGUCUACUGGACUGUAAAAUACAUGUAUGAAAUAAAAUUAGUUCCAUUUGGUCUUCUAGUAUAUUAAAGUGCUGACGUUGUUAUCCUGUUUUUGCAAAAAAAAAAAAAAGUUAACUACAGACCAUUGUUUCUAAUAAGCAGAGAUCUAUUUUAGUAGUAAACUGAAGGUUUAGUUGUGAGCUUCAGACUUUGUGAACUCCAGAUGUUGUGCAGUGUUUUUGUUUUGUUUUUUUCUUUUUUUAAAGACGACAACUUAAAAAAAAAAAAACACCCGAGGAAUAUGUACACUGGAACUGUAGUGGUAGCUUUCAGUAUUGUAAAGAGAUUGUUCUAUACAGACCUUUUUGCUGUUUCUCCUGUAUGUAAUAAAGUCCUUUCUAGAUCCUAUGUGAAAAAGAAAAGUGAAGCAACUGAAUCUUCAGCAUGUUCUCAUCGGCGAAGCCUUCUUGUGUAAUGUAAACUGUGCCAUGUUAUUAAAAAAUGUGAACUAA